AUGGCUCAUCUGCUCGGCCGCUGGUCCGAGUCGAAUCGUGCGGCGCCCAGCGUGCACAUUGACUGGUCGCUGUACGGCGGAAACGAAACGUUGCCGCCGACGAGCAAUGUGCCGGGCGCCAAGUGGAUGCCCAAGGCGGCGAAGCAGGCGAUGCCCGCCGACGAUUUUCUCUGGGCCCUGAACGAGGAGCCACACAGGACGCGCCGCAUGGCAAUCCUCAAAGCACACCCCGAGAUCCGCAAGCUCAUGGGGCACGAGCCUCUCACCAAGUACGUGGUCAUGUCGGUGGCCGUGAUGCAGCUCUCGAUCGCGCUCGCGAUGUGGGCGAACGGGAUCCACCCGCUCGACUGGCGCUUCCUCCUCACUGCGUAUGUGAUCGGUGGCACGGCGAACCAGCACAUCUUUCUUGCGAUCCACGAGAUCACGCACAACCUUGCGUUUAAGAGCAUCCGUGCGAAUCGCAUCCUGGCGAUCGUCGCGAAUCUGCCGAUCGGCAUUCCGUAUGCAAUGACCUUUAAGCCCUACCACAUUGAGCACCACAAGCACCUCGGCGAGGACGGCAUCGAUACGGAUAUGCCGACCAAGUACGAGCUGUGGUGCCUGAACAAUGUGCUCGGCAAGGCGUUCUUUGCCACCUUCCAGCUGCUCUUUUACGCGCUGCGCCCCGGCCUGGUGCGUGUGCAGCGACUCGGGCCGUGGCACUUUGCGAAUAUCGGCCUGCAGCUCGCUUUUGACGCGCUCCUGUACGAGGCGUGCGGCCGCUCGUGGACGCCGCUGCUGUACCUGCUCAUGAGCUCCUUCUUUGCUGGCUCGCUGCACCCCAUGGCCGGCCACUUUAUCGCGGAGCACUACAUGUUUUCGCAGAUCCAGCAGGAGACGUGGAGCUACUACGGGCCGCUGAACAUCUUCCUGUACAAUGUCGGCUACCACAACGAGCACCACGACUUUCCCUCUGUACCGUGGACACGUCUGCCGGAGCUCCACAAGAUCGCGUCGGAGUUUUAUACGGUGCUGCCGUACCAUACCUCGUGGACGAUGGUUAUUCUCCAGUUCAUCUUUUCCGACCACUCUGGCAUGAACAUGCGCGUGAAGCGCAAACAUUCGGGGCCGGAUCCCGUGCAGGAGCAGCCGAUUGAAGACGCACCCGAACAUACCGGCUGGGAGCUCCGUCCGCAGCCUCUCCGUACAUAG